AUGUCAUCGGCAACAGGCAAACUCGAUAAGGUUCUUGCACGAACCAGACAACGAAUUGAAGAGGGUGACUACUAUGAGGCCCACCAAGCUACUCGUACUGUGGUGGCGCGUUAUGUGCGAACCAAGCAAUACGAUGAAGCAAUCAAACUGCUUGUUCACACCGCUGAGCUUCUGGCUAAGGCCAACGAAAGUUCUUCAGCAUGCGAUCUGAUUCUGUAUUUACUGGAUGUGUACCGCAAGGCUGGCACCAGCCCUACAUCUGCUGCCAAGGGUGAACUUGUGCAGCUUGUGAAUCAACUGAAUGCUGGCAAGGAACCUCUUGUAAAGAAGAUUGCAGCAGAGGCGAUUCAAUGGUCUGGCAGUGAUUCAGAGCUGCACCAUGUAUUUGGAUCCAAAUUUGCACGAGAAAGUGCACCUGAUACUUACGAAGCCGAGCGACAUUUGCUUCAGGGUACACGCGAAUCACCCCGUGUACUUGCUACAAUGCUCUAUACUUGGGCAACAGGUCCUGGAACGGACGCCGAUAGCAAGGAUAAGAACAACAGCACGCUACUGAAAGAAAGUGCGGCAGACGUGGCGGCUGGGCUGCCGCUGUAUUUGUCUCGUGGUGUGCUUGGGUACCUGAGUGCAGGCAAUGUGCGGGAUGCACGCGGCGUGUUACAGACUUUUAUUGAGUAUGUUGUUGCAGAACAUGCUAGUAACUCGGCGUUAGGUCAACGAUUGGACUACGAUCGCCAGGAGGGAUCUGGAAGUGCUGUUUAUGUGUUUAAGGAGGUUCCUCUGCUUAAUUUUUUGCAACUAUUAGUUCCGACUGUGCAGAGCAAGUCUCCUGAGAUGUACAAUCGACUCAAGGCUCGUUAUGCGGCGCUAAUUGAUGGUCUGGAUGCAUGGAAGUCUGUGCUUGCAGGGAUUGCAGAGCUUUAUUGUGGGAUUGCACCACCACGACCACAGAUGAAUAUGCUGCAGGAUCUGCUGGGAUCCUUUAUGAGCGGCGGUGGAGCUGGAGCCAUUAAGAAUUAG